UCCUUCUGUCCGUCCGUCCGUCCGUCCUUCCCUCCCUGCCGGGCCGGCGGGAGCCUGUACGUGUGCGGGGAUGGCGGCUCGGGUGCUGCUGGCUCUGUGCGGGCUGCUCGUUGCCUGCCGGGCGGCCGAGCCGGCGGGGGCGGGCGGCGCCAGCCGGCGGCGGCGGCUGAGCUCCGAGGAGGGCAUCUCCUUCGAGUACCACCGCUACGCCGAGCUGCGGGAGGCGCUGGUGGCCGUGUGGCUGCAGUGCCCGGCCGUCAGCAGGAUCUACACGGUGGGGCGCAGCGCCGAGGGCCGGGAGCUGCUGGUCAUCGAGCUGUCCGACCGACCCGGCGAGCAUGAGCCCGGAGAGCCGGAAUUUAAAUAUGUUGGGAAUAUGCAUGGGAAUGAAGCUGUUGGAAGGGAGCUGCUCAUCUUCUUGGCUCAGUACCUGUGUAAUGAAUACCAGAAAGGGAAUGAAACUAUUAUCAACUUGAUCCAUAGCACGCGUAUCCAUAUCAUGCCAUCUUUGAAUCCGGACGGCUUUGAAAAGGCAGCAUCCCAGCCUGGUGAACUUAAAGACUGGUUUGUUGGUCGAAGUAAUGCCCAGGGAAUAGAUCUAAACCGAAAUUUCCCUGAUCUGGAUAGAAUAGUCUAUGUUAACGAGAAAGAAGGUGGCCCAAACAACCACCUGCUGAAAAACAUGAAAAAGGCUGUGGAUCAGAAUCCCAAGCUUGCCCCUGAAACAAAAGGUGUCAUUCACUGGAUUAUGGAUAUUCCCUUUGUGCUUUCUGCCAAUCUUCAUGGAGGAGACCUUGUUGCCAACUAUCCUUACGAUGAGACUCGGAGUGGCAGUGCUCAUGAGUACAGCUCCUGCCCUGAUGAUGCUAUUUUUCAAAGCCUGGCUCGCAGUUAUUCUUCUUUUAAUCCCGCCAUGUCCGAUCCAAACAGACCACCAUGUCGUAAAAAUGAUGAUGACAGCAGCUUUGUGGAUGGAACGACUAAUGGUGGAGCAUGGUACAGCGUCCCGGGAGGAAUGCAGGAUUUCAAUUACCUCAGCAGCAACUGCUUUGAAAUAACAGUGGAGCUUAGCUGUGAAAAAUUCCCACCUGAAGAAACUCUGAAGGGCUACUGGGAGGACAACAAGAACUCUCUCAUUAAUUACAUCGAGCAGAUUCAUCGAGGAGUGAAGGGGUUUGUUAAAGAUCUUCAGGGCAAUCCAAUAGCAAAUGCUACGAUUUCUGUGGAGGGGAUAAGCCAUGACAUUACAUCAGCCAAGGAUGGUGAUUAUUGGAGACUGCUUGUGCCUGGAAAUUACAAACUUACAGCCUCGGCACCAGGUUAUCUAGCAAUAACUAAAAAAGUAGCUGUGCCCUUUAGCCCUGCUGUCAUGGUUGAUUUCGAACUGGAGUCAUUGUCUGAAAGAAAAGAAGAGGAGAAAGAAGAGUUGAUGGAAUGGUGGAAGAUGAUGUCAGAAACACUAAAUUUUUAAAUGAAGAUUUUGGCUUUACAGCCUUGAAUCUAUUAUAUGUUGAUUUAGUAUAUUGUACUGUGGAAAGUCCCUAUAUUUUAGAUUCUGUGCACUUCACAAUAAUUAACUUUGUUUUUUCAGUCAUCUUUUGAUUAAUAUGAAUAAAAAUAACUACUAAACUCCUAGGUAGAUACAGAAGUUAUUAACUUUCUUUCAUAUUGUUAUUGAAAAUUUACUCUUAUAUACAAAUCAGAACAAAAUGAGUGAAUGUGUCUGCAGCCUAUAUGGAAGUACAAUCUGUUGUGUAUUAUGUACAAGUUCAGAAUAUGUAGGUUAAAUCUUGGUUUAUAAAUAAAUAAAUAAAUAAAAAUGCUGUAGUCAAAUCCCAAUAUUGCCAGAAAUAUUUGACAGUGCAUAGUAGUAGACAGUGCUCUUACCGAGUUCCAUAAUGAAUGUUAUUGAAAAGAUUUAUAAUAACAGUGUGGUGGUGUAAUGAUGUUUUACAAGGAUUAAAAUACAGUAUAAUAUUUUGUAUGUUUCUGGUGUUGGGACUAUUUAAAUAUAAAAGAAACAUAAGCUUCUGGCUUCAUUUUAAUAAGCAGAAAGAAUCUGCAUAAGCUCUUUUAUUGAAGAUGGCAUAAAAUGAAUUCAGGAAAUAAAAGAGCUUUAUUCCUUAAGCCUUUAGUGACAUUUCAAGAUUAGGUUUUAAUUAUUUCUCAUUACAUAUUAACCAAAUUAAAAUUUUUGAAUGGACAAAGAAGUGUUUGUGUAUCAUGUUAACAUGCUGCUUGUGUUUGUUUUACAGCAAGAAAAAUAGAAUUUCAGGUGAUGUCUAUUUAAAUUUACUUUUUCAACAAUCUUUAAAUGUAUCAGUGGUGUCUAGAUAAUCAGCCAGAAGUUCAUAUGCUCACUGAAAGCUACCAAAGCUUUACACAAAGUUUAGACAAUGAACCGAGAAUUACUGAUGGCAUGCAUUUUGUCUCACAAGCCAAGAACAGUUUUGUUUCCAACUUUGUUUCUUCUGUUGGUUAGUCUUACCUAAAUCCAAAAGCAAUGGAGAGAAUUGAAAAUUUUAUCAGUGGUGAAAUUUUACCAAAUAAAGCAACUUUGAUUUAAAAAGAUACCUCCCCACACAUUUUAAUCUUUUAGUUCACUUGAAUUAGCUUGCUUUACUAUUUUGUCUGAGUGAAGCUUGUGGAGUCAGAGAAUACACAUGAACUGUAGUGGGUGCACGUCUGGUAUAAUUCUUCUGAAGCUGCUGCAGGUAUGCUACUUGAAAUCAGCUAAGCAUCUCAUCUGUUUGAAAGCUUAGACGCUAUUGCUGGCCUAUUUUAAUUCCAGAUCAGAUGUUUGAUACAAAUUUCCUUCCUCUGUUUCUUUAGUAUCACUGUCUGUGUUUUGAUGAGCACAUUAUUUUUGUUGAUGUUGUAGGAGUUCAGUACUGUUCAGAACCAACCAACAAUGCACUAUCAUGCUCCCCGCCUUAAGUGAAAAAUCACAUGUCCAGGAGUGGGAUCCAAAUUUACCUCCUUUGGGUAUUUAAAAAUCUACUGAAAAUACUUUCUGAGAAAUUGAUAUUCUUUAAUAAAAAACAUACUUUAUCCUUUACAAUAAGAGUACAUAUUACAAUAUUACAAUACCACACAUUGAUAAAUUGAACAGCAAUAAAAAUGAAUACACUUUCUGAUCAAGAAUUUACUGUGUAACCUGUAUAUCAUUUAGGUGUUAGGUGUCAAAUUCCAGACUUCAGGGGAACUUCACAUGCUGUACGUCAUCAUCCAGUGAUGACCUUUGAAUCUCCAGUGUGAGGAGGAGCCUGUGUGGCAAACCAAGAGUUUACCUUACCUGUGCACGUCUUGGUGACAGACUAUAGCAAGCUGGGCACAAGCAAGUGCAUGGAUAAAGGAUGCCCAGUUACACCAGCUCAGCUGUGUGGUCCCUGAUCAUCUGAAAGGUUAAGACACAUACCACAUAGCACGACCCGUGUCUGGAAGUGAUGAUACCAUUUUCAGAUGAACCAGGUAAAACUCAAGCAAGCAGUAUGAAAAUUAACUAAAGAGACUGCUGGCAUGUGGGCAACUGGCCACAGGAGUGUUUCUGACCUGUAAACUAAUGUAAUAUGGCAAGUGUGUAUUUGUACAGAACACCCUGCUCUGCCCCUUCCAACCUUACAAUUUCAAUCCAAACAAUAUUAUGAUGCAGAGCAAUGCCUGUCUUGCAUCCAGUCUUCCUGUGUGGUGGGUUGUGUGGCAUAGCUAGUUCAGACGUUACACCAAACUGAGGUCAUGCUGCAUCUCUAACCCUUACCUGUGAGAUCCUCUGGUCUACUGUUUUGUGCAUUGGCAAUUAAAUGUAGUGUCCCGUAAAUGAACUCUGUGUUUUGCUUUAGAUAGCUGCUUGCCGUUACUGUGCUGAGAACAGGUUAAAGUAAUUAACUGUUACAACACCAGAACCACUGCCACUGUUCUUGCUGUAGGUGUACAUCCUUCAGAACAGCGUAGCCAGGACUUCAAUGAGUUAUGUAGCUUUCCUAGCUGAACUGAGCUGUGUUGUAGGACCGUGUAUGUUUAAAUGGAAGAUUAAAGUGUUGUGUGAUGCUGAGCUUUUGGUUAAAAAGACACAUGCUGUACUAUUGUACAAUAAAUCUACAGGUUUAUUUAAAAUGUAAAA